UUCGUUACUUUGGGGUACAUUCUGGGAAACCCAUAAAUCUACUCUCCUCGUCCAGCGAAUCCGACACUCCAUUUCCAAAACCCUUCCCUCGUCACCCCUUCCUCCUAAAUUUACGACCCCAAUCCACACCAAAACCCUUAUUCUCUUCCUCUACUACCCGAAUUUCGUCGCCUCCCCCUCUCCGAUGGCCUCCAAUGGAGCUACCGCGAGAGUUGGAGACGCGGAGAGUAGCUUGGAGAAGAUAAAGCGACAGCUUACUUCAUCCUCAGGGAGGUAUCUGCUCCAGGGCCCGCUUCUUAAGCGAUCUGAAAUGCUGAGGAAGUGGAAUGAGCACUGGGUGAUCUUAGACCCCACUAGUGGGAAGAUGGAAUACAAGACUGGGAGAAAUGCAGCAGUUAUUAAGGGAAAUAUCAUAUUUGACUCAACGAGCACAAUCACAUUGUCCCCUGUGAAUUUCCAUGGAUCGCCGAAAUAUGAUGGCUGCUGUUUCUAUAUUGGAACUCCACAGAAAAAUGAUUAUUUCCUUUGCGCUGAAACUCCCGGUGCUGCAAGAGCUUGGGUAUCCACUUUACAUGCGACUCAGUUGGUACUAGAGGCUCAUAAAGAGGCAGUGAAUUCAUUGUCCGGGAGUGGUUCUUCCAAAUUUGGAACAGUUACUACCGUAAUUGCUGCUGCUAAUGCAACUGCAAGGGAAGCAUCGAAGGAAAUAGAGGCAGCAAUGAAGAUUUCAAUGAGAGCAGCUGUAAACUUUGUGACAAAUAAGACAUGUGAAGGUCAUUUGGAUGAUCUGACAAUCAUGAAGGAGACCAUUAGAGUGAAAGAUGAGGAGUUACAACAGUUAUCUAAGGAUAUUCGAGCUCGAGAUUCCACCAUUAGAGAUAUAGCUGAUAAACUAAUGGAGACCGCGGAGGCUGCUGAAGCUGCUGCUUCUGCAGCUCAUUCAAUGGAUGAAGAGAGAAAACUUGUACUCGCACAUCUUGAGUACCUGAAAAAGGAUUUGCAUCAACGACUAGAGUCAUCUUCAAUUAAGUUAAGAGAGUUUGAAGAAAAAGCUAUAGUCCUUAGUAAAGAGAAAGAGCUUCUGCUGAAAGAAAGAGAUUCUGCCGUUCAAGAAGCACAUCAGUGGCGCUCCGAGCUAGCAAAAGCUAGAGAACGUGCUGUGAUUUUGGAAGCAGCUGUCAUUAGAGCUGAAGAAAAAGCUAGGGUUGCACAAGCAGAUGCCGAAACUCGUAUUAAGGAAGCUGCAGAAAAACUACAGUCUGCAGCAAAAGAAAAGGAAGAACUACUUGCCCUAGUGAAAGUUUUGCAAUUACAAAUCGAGAGACAACAAAGUAAUUCAAGACAGAUCUGUGAAGAGAGAUCCGAAUUGUGCUCCUACACCGAUAUUUCUCCUUCAUCAACAAAAUGUGCGGACUCUUCAGAGGAUGAUGUGGACAAAGCUUGCGUAAGUGAUUCGAGAUCGGUUUUAGUUUCUGAGGAGGAGAGCGCAGUCCAGUUUGCGGCUGAAGGAGUUGAAAUACGUACAGUUGGCGAUGCCGAGUGGGAUAAUCUUCAAUCAUCAUCAAAUGUAAGGAUUGCUGAUGUGAGGGAAAUAUCCCCCGAGGCCGAGGGAAGCAGCUUGGAUAUUCCUGUUGUAACCCAACCAGUUAAUGAUGUUCCUCAUGUUGGGAGCUCUUUGUAAUAGUCAUGGCAUCUUGUAAUGCUAAAACAAGGAGAGAAUUCUUUCUGAUUCGAUUGUCGAGAAAGCGAAAGUCAAUGGGUGUAGCUUGGAUAUGCUAAAUUGGCGGCAGAUCAGUUCAGGCUACUGAGAACAGAGGUGGUUCUCUCUUAACUUUGAUGCUCUUGUAGCCUAUUUAUUGCCACAAAUCUCAUUUUGCCGACUAUCGGGAAUUGCAGAAUAAAGGUGUCUGCUACUGUAUGAGAUUCUGAAAACAAUAGAGGUUUCUGUUGUGAGAUGAUUUUGUGAGGCAGCUAUUUAUGUAACUUUUAUUUAUAUGAAUGUAAUUGUGGAUGUGUAGAAAUUUUUGUUGCCCCCCCUUUUAUUCUACUGGGUACUUAACAUGUU